GAGAGGGGGGAGCCAACACCGGGAAAUGGUGAGCACGUUGGAGGAGGGAGUUCAGGGGUUAAAAGCCAUGGGUCGGAGCUGAAGUUCUAGGCUGCAGGCGCCUGAAGUUCUCCACCGCGGGCCCCUCACUGAGGCCCCUGGCCGCCCUGCUCCCCCUCAUCCCCGAACUACCAUGUGGGCCCUGGCGGCUGCCGUCGCUUGCCUGACCGUGGCCUUGUCCAGAGGCAUCUCCCAGGACUAUCCCAAGAUUCUCAAUGGGACCAAUGGGACCCAUGGAUUUCUCCCAGGCGGCUACACCUGUGUGCCUCACUCUCAGCCCUGGCAGGCAGCCCUACUGGUGCAGGGGCGGCUCCUCUGUGGGGGUGUCCUGGUCGACCCAAAGUGGAUACUCACAGCUGCGCACUGCAGAAAAGAAGGGUACAGGGUUCACCUGGGCAAGCAUGCCCUGGGGCGCCUGGAGAGCGGCGAGCAGGUGAGGGAGGUCGUCCACUCUAUUCCCCACCCUGAAUACCAGGUCAGCCCCACUCACCUGAACCAUGACCAUGACAUCAUGCUCCUGGAGUUGGAGUCCCCGGUCCAGCUCAACAGCCACGUUCGCACCCUGCCCCUCUCCCAGGAUGACUGCCUGCCCCCUGGCACCUGCUGUCGGGUGUCUGGCUGGGGCACCACCACCAGCCCCCAGGUGAAUUACCCCAAAACUCUGCAGUGCGCCAACAUUGAACUGCGCUCAGAUGAGGAGUGCCGCCAGGUGUACCCUGGGAAGAUCACUGCCAACAUGCUCUGCGCUGGAACCAAGGAGGGUGGGAAGGACUCCUGCGAGGGUGACUCUGGAGGCCCGCUGGUCUGCAACCACAAGCUCUACGGCAUCAUCUCAUGGGGCGAUUUCCCAUGUGGACAGCCAAACCGACCUGGCGUCUACACCAGAGUCUCAAAGUACCUCCGUUGGAUCCGAGAGACCAUCAGAAACACCUCGGAGCAGAGAUGGACAAAGGGCACACCAUAAGAGCUGGGUUCAUCCAUCUGCCCCCCACUAGACCCCCCACAGUGUUCUCCUCCCUUCUCUGUCCCCUCCACCCCCAGUGACCCUUAGAACCAGCCCGUAUUCACUCUCCUAAAUGCCUGACCCAUACUGGCAGCAGUAUCCUGUUUCAACCACUGACCAUGUGGCUGCCUUGAGUGUUCCAACCCAGACAACACUCCGUUCCCCAGCUACAGCAUCACUUGGAUUGACAUGGGCACAGCCCAACCGUGCCCACCUCAGUCCCUUCCUGAGCCCAUCCCAGUAACAUUCUGUGAAUGGAGCAUCACUGACAGAAUCCUGGAACCCUCCAAAUAUUUGCCCCUGCCAACACUCUGUAUUUUAUAUUCAAGAAGGUUCUAGACUCCCAUGCCAUAUCCUGUGCACUCCAGGGUGAUUAGUCACGGUUCCUCCAGACCCUCGGCACAGCUCAUUUUCACAUUGUGCUCAGUCUCCCAGACACCCUGACCCAACCUGCACCCCUUAUUCUACCAUGCCAGUCCCUGUCCACACUGCGCCUCUGCUCCUCUCUCCGUUCGCUUCCUCGCUGUAGACCCACAGCUCGUUGGUCCUUACAGUCACCGGAUUCCGUUUCCCAAAGGGCUUCCGUAUCUUACCACCCCCCAUCCUGUUUUGUAUCAUCUCCCUUUAUUUUCCCCAUGGACACCCUUAUGUGAUACCCCAUGUCUUCAUUUACACCAUUUCUAUGCCCCCUUCUCCCAUCCGCUAACGCUAGCUCUGCUUAGAACAAGUCAUGAAGCACAGCG